AUGUCGCUAGCUUUAGUUGUACGCGAAAAUAAGAAGCUGAUUGUCGAAAAACUUGAUAUACCAAAGUAUGGAUCAAAAGAUCUUCUCAUCAAAGUGACUCAUUUUGCACAGAAUCCUACAGACUGGAAACAUGUUCACUUCGACUUGGCCAAACCCGGUUCUAUUGGUGGUUGUGAUUUUGCUGGUGAAGUCGUUGAAAUAGGCAAAGAAGCUAUAGGAAACUAUAGGAAAGGUGAGCGUGUAGCUGGCUGUGUUCAUGGAUGUCUUGAUCCCAAAUUUGGAAUUCGUGGGUCAUUUUCUGAAUAUGUUGUGCAAGAAGCGUCACUUGUCUUUCAUUAUCCGUCAACAAUAUCUCCCAAAGCAGCUGCUACACUUCCACUUGCUAGUAUUACGGCAGCUCUAGGUCUCUUCCGCAAACUAGCCUUGCCUUUACCGCCUACUACUUGUAGAACAUCUGUUCUAGUUUGGGGAGGCAGUACAAGUGUUGGUCAAUAUGCUAUUCAAUUGGCUAAGGCAGCAGGUUGCUUUGUUGUUACAACAGCGUCACUGGCUCGUCAUAGUUACUUGAAAGAGCUUGGUAGUGAUACAUGUUUUGACUAUAAGGAUUCGAAUGUUGUCUCGCAAAUCAAGCAAGUCACUAAUGGUAAUUUGGCUUAUGCUAUUGAUUGUGUCUCCGAAAAAAGAUCAAUUCAACAAGUGUGCGCAACACUCACAGGUGCAAAUCCACAGGUAGCCACUGUUUUACCUGGUCUGUCAACUGAAAUUCCCUCUCACAUCAAAGAACACAGCCUUCUGAUGUAUACAAUCUUCGGACGUAAAAUGAACGUCUUUGGUCAAGAUUUUGAAGCCCAACCUCAGGAUAAAGCAUUUGCUGAGAAGUUAUAUCAACUACUCUCCGAUGUUUUAUUGCCUCAAGGCUUAGUCAAACCAAACAAAGUGACUAAAAUGCCAGGUGGACUCAAUGGAGUCGAAGAGGGAUUCAAGAAAAUGAUGGACAAUAAGGUGGCAGCUGAAAAGAUUGUCUAUACAAUGGCAGAAACAACAAAACAGUAG